AUGAUGUUCACCAACACCAUCGUCGCCGCCGCCGCUCUCGCAGCCUCCGUCGUAACAGCAGCCCCAGCCCCCGGCAAAGUCAUCCAGCCAACCUCCACCAUCAAGCUCUGCAACGACUUCAACUGGAACCAGUGCCGUGAAAUGCAAUACACGCCUCAAGUCUGCACGGAGAUCCCUAACGACUUUCACGAUGUCGUCUCCUCGCUCAACACCUACAACAAGCAGUGCACCUUCUUCGUUGACCGUUACUGCCCUCGCCAGUCUGGUUCCUUCUACUGGAACGGCGUCGUCCAGAACAUCAGAGACCACCCCGAUCUGGGUAACUACGAGAACAAAAUCUCUUCUUUCAAGUGCGAGUCGUAA